AUGCCACAAUAUAAGUUAACAUAUUUCAACCUCCGAGGAUUGGCCGAAGCCAUUCGGUGCUGCUUGCAUUAUGGUGGAAUCGAGUUUGAAGACAGAAGAGUUCUAAAGGGUGAAUGGGCGGAGCUGAAGCCAAGUAAGUCAAAUUUCGAUCUAUUGAGGUAUGGUGGAAAUUUUUCGAAUAGAACUACCAUAUGAGUCAAAACAUUGAUUGGUAAUUGCGGCCUGAGAAAGUCGCGCACAAAAAAUGUUAAGAAAAUCUGACCACUUCAAUUCAUGCUUUUGCUCUUCGUCCUAGGCAUGGCUCCGGGCCGGGCUUUGCAAAAUUUUUCGGCCCGGGCCGGCUGAUUUCUCGGCCCGCCUCCGGGCUUUGAUUUUUAGGCCUGGCCCGGCCCGGACCGGCCUGGUUUUUUUGAAAUCUUAGUUUUGCCCUGAAAAAAAGGAAAGAACAAGCUUUUUCGAUAUAAUUUUUCAUUUUUUCAAACACAAUGCUGAUAGCAAACGUAAAGUGAUCUUAUGUACCUAGGUUUUGCUAAAUUUUUCCUUACAUUUUGCAAAAAUUUGUAAUAAUUUUCCUUUCAUGUCGGCUUUCUUUCUUUCCAGCAGAGUAUAAAAAUUUUCCGGGCCGAACCGGGCCGGACUUUCCAAAUUUUCCAAGCCCGGGCCGGGCUUGGAGAUUUAAGCCCGGGCCUGGGGCCCGGGCCGGGCUGGCCCGGUUUGCAGCCUUGCUUACUUCGUGCUCGAAGAUCAGCGUCCAAAGGCCCAUCGUUUUCAAUUUCAGAGACUCCCAAUGGAACCGUGCCGCUUUUCGAAGUGGACGGCAAGAUGCUCACCCAGUCUGGCGCCAUUCUUCGAUACGUAUCUAGACUCACCGGGCUGACCGGAAAAGACAGCUGGGAAGAGGCCAAAGCCGAUGAGACUUUCCAUUACUUCAUUGACGCCCUAACCAAGGAUGCUGGGCCCUAUAUUUGGGAUAAGGCUGGCAUCUUCAAAGCAGCUGAUAUUGUAAGUAAAUUCAAUUUUUUAAAGUAAAUCUGGGGCAUACAAUCAAAAAUAUUUUUUUUCAGGACGCCGCUUACAAAGCGUUCGUACCAGCGGCCACAAAACACUUGACAUAUUACAGUAAAAUGCUGGACGAAGCUGGUAAUGGAUACCUCCUAAAAUCUGGCCUAACCUACGCUGAUUUUGUUGUAUACAGUCAUGCCUUGACUCUGAGAAAUGUUGAUCCAGAAUUGGCCAAGCAAUUCCCGAAAGUUUAUGAAUUUGUGGAGAGAAUCGAAAAAUUGCCGCAAUUACAAGAGUACUUGAAAAUUAGACCAAACAGUGUUAACUAA